CUUUGGAUUAGUGUGUGGAAUGCCGGGAGUUGGCAUUGUUUUGGGCACAGAGGCUGGCCUUUACUCUUGCCUCAGGCUUCGGGCCUCUGCUCUCUCCCCAGAUGCGGUGACUGGCUCCCUAUUCCCCGCCCCCCCCCCACCUCUGUGGCCCCGGGGGGCCCAGACUAGCCGCCAGCAUGUCCACUUCCUCGCUCCGCCGGCAGAUGAAGAACAUCGUCCACAAUUACUCAGAAGCGGAGAUCAAGGUGCGCGAAGCCACCAGCAAUGACCCCUGGGGGCCCUCGAGCUCCCUCAUGUCUGAGAUCGCAGACCUUACCUACAAUGUGGUCGCCUUUUCCGAGAUCAUGAGCAUGAUCUGGAAGCGUCUCAACGACCACGGCAAAAACUGGAGGCACGUCUACAAGGCUAUGACCCUCAUGGAGUAUCUGAUCAAGACGGGCUCGGAGCGUGUGUCCCAGCAAUGCAAGGAGAACAUGUACGCAGUGCAGACUCUGAAGGACUUUCAGUAUGUGGACAGGGAUGGCAAGGACCAGGGUGUCAACGUGCGCGAGAAGGCCAAGCAGCUGGUGGCCCUGCUGCGGGACGAGGACCGCCUUAGGGAAGAGCGGGCCCACGCCCUCAAGACCAAGGAGAAGCUGGCCCAGACAGCCACAGCAUCCUCAGCGGCCGUGGGCUCUGGGGCACCCCCUGAAGCGGAGCAGGCCUGGCCCCAGAGCAGCGGGGAGGAGGAGCUGCAGCUGCAGCUGGCCCUGGCCAUGAGCAAGGAAGAGGCUGACCAGCCCCUACCCUGUGGCCCCGAGGAUGACGUCCAGCUCCAGCUGGCCCUUAGUUUGAGCCGGGAGGAGCAUGACAAG